AUGCCCGGAGACCAUGCUGGAAACCAAGGCCUCUAUUUCUGGAGGUACAUCAACGAAGCUGCAGCACUGCAGCCUAAUGUGCCAUACCUGCAAUACUCCCCCAUCCCAUCAUUCUUUCAAAUGUUUGCAAAGGUGCCUCUCGUUAUCCUACAGGCCGAGUCUACUGACAGUGUGCCUUAG